CGAGCUUUUGAAUUGGAGCAUGAGACCUUUUUACUAAACGAGCUUUUAUACAAGUCCAAGCCCUGAUUUCAACAACUAAUAUUAGAUACGUAAGCUCAAGCCUUCACGACUCGACCGAAAGGUCGUUUAUCACUCCUAGCCCAAACAAACGUGUGACGUGUGUAUGUGUUAACUUUUGUGAAAGUCAAGUUUUUGUGCAUCUAUGUAUUAUCGCCUAAGCCAUAGACCUAGUAAACCGCGUCCACUAGUUUCGUCCACUGUGAAGGGGAAACCCAAACCCUAGCUAUCGAUCCUUAUGGCGGAUCUUCCAUAUGAGGUAAUCAGCGACAUCCUCACCCGGUUGCCGGUCAUCUACCUCCUCCGUUUCCGUUCCGUUUGCAAGUCAUGGCGCUCCUUGAUUGACAACCGCCGUUUCAUUUCCGUCCACCUCAAAAACCCCAUCCACACCAACCUCAUACUCAGCAACGACUCCGACCUUUACCAAAUCGAUUUCCCCAACUUAAACGGCGCCGUUCCGCUCAACCACCCUCUCAUGUGCUACAGCAACAGCAUCACACUCCUCGGUUCUUGCAACGGCCUCCUCUGCAUCUGCAAUGUCGCCGACGACAUCGCGUUUUGGAACCCCUCCCUUCGUAAGUACCGGAUUCUUCCCUGCCUCCCUUCCACGCGCCGCUCCGACGCCGAUGCCAGCCUAUUAGCCGUUCGCGUUUACGGUUUCGGCCACGAAAGCUUCGCCGGCGAUUACAAACUCGUUCGGAUCUUGUUUCUCUACGAUUGGCACAAUCGGAGCUUCGAAUCGCAGGUGAAGCUUUACAGCUUGAGAACCAACUCGUGGAAAACCCUUCCCAGCAUGCCUUACGCCUUGUGCUGUGCGCGGACCAUGGGGGUUUUCGUUGGUAAUGCCUUGCACUGGGUCGUGACCCGAAAACUCGAACCGAAUCAACCCGAUUUGAUCGUCGCUUUUGAUCUCAGACUCGAGGUUUUCCUCGUGGUGCCCCUGCCUGAAAUUGGAGACGAAGGAAAUUUCGAGAUUGAUGUGGCUUUGUUAGGAGGAUGCCUGUGCAUGAUUGUGAAUUAUCAGGAUACGAGAGUUGAUGUUUGGUUGAUGAAAAAAUAUGGAUCGAAAGAUAGCUGGUGUAAAGUGUUUUCGUUGAUGAAGUCACGCGAGAUGAGAUCUUUGAAAUCUGUGAGGCCUUUGGGUUACUCGAGUGAUGGAAGCAAGGUUCUGUUGGAACAGGAUCGAAAGAAGCUCUUUUGGUACAACAUGAAAGAUGAACAAGUCACUUGUGUUAGAAUUCCGGGAGUGCACAAUUUAAAUGAAGGCAUGAUUUGUAUGGGGAGCCUUGUCUCACCUUCCUCACUUGGUGAGAAUUGUAGGAAGCAGCGCAAGUUGGGAUGCGAAAAUACAAGGAAGAGAAGGGAUGACUUCCUUUCCCAGGGAUUCAAAUUGACCUUGUAAGAAAGCAUAAGAAGAACCAAUGGGAUGACUUCCUGUCCCAGGGAUUCAGGCUGACCUUGUAAGAAAGCAUUAGAAGAACCAAUGGUAUGUGAUUGGCUGUUACUGGAUUGAUGAUAACUUCAUGAGUUAUCCGUGUUGAUGAAAUUAUUGGCCUUGGUUCACGGGAGGGGAAGAGUUGAACUGAUCUGGAACAGAGCUCCUUUUUUUUAUUGAUAAGAUCCACGACUCUUUCCUUGUGUUGCCUUGAUUUUGCACCUUUUGUUUCACAGCGAAGAAGGUGAAAGAAAGGGCUCGAGUUCCAAAUAUUGAAGUUGAAGUGAACAAUAAUCGAAGAACAAAUGCCGGAUGUACAUUGCUUCUUUACUUGCUGGGUUACCCUUUCCUUUUCUUACUGGAGUACUUGCAAUUUUUGAAUACUGGGGUCCUGCAACAUCUCUUCUCUUACCUGCAAUAGAAAGAAAAGAUGACCUAUGUGGCUAUGUCGUUUUGUUGUAAUGUAAUAAUGAAAAUUUUCACUGUCACUGUGAUUUUGUAUGUAUGUGUGUUAAUCUGGUUGUACCAGUGACUAACCAUACUUUGUGUUUGUCAAACUUGAAUGAAUUGCUUUUGAGGUC